CCGGAGGCGAGGCGGGGGCCGCGGCCGCCCCGGCCAUGCCCCCCGGUGCCUGAGGCCCGCGGCCGCCCGCAGCAUGCGGAGGAUCCGGCGGCUGGUGCACCUGGUGCUGUUCUGCCCCCUCUCCAAGGGCCUGCAGAGUCGCCUCCCGGGCAUCAAGGUGAAAUACCUGCUGGUGGUGUGGCUGGGCAUCUUCGUGGGCAGCUGGGUGGCCUACAUGCACUACUCGUCCUACUCCGAGCUCUGCCGCGGCCACGUCUGCCGGAUGAUAAUUUGCGACCAGUACAAGAAGGGAAUCAUUUCUGGCUCCACGUGCAAAGACCUGUGCGAGGAGCACAGCCUCCUCUUCCAGCGCUGCCUCUCCUCCUCUCCCACCCAGCAGGUUUACAGCGGGCUCUGGAAGGAGAAGGAGGUGAUCAUCAAGUGUGGCAUCGAAGAGGCCCUGAAGGCAGACAGCAACCCGGCCUCGGUGCCCAGGAGGGAUGUGGUUCUCUUUGACAAACCCACUCGGGGGACAUCGAUGGAUGAGUUCAAAGAAAUGCUCCUGAACUUCCUGAAGUCCAACCUAGGAGACCAGCCUUCUCUGGCAGCCUUGGUGAGCCAGAUCAUCACCAUGGCCGACGUGAACCGGGACGGGAAGGUGUCUCUGGCAGAGGCCAAGUCCAUCUGGGCGCUGCUGCAGCUCAACGAGUUUCUUCUCCUGCUCUCCUUGCACGAGAAAGAGCACACCUCCAAGCUGCUGGGGCACUGCGGGGACCUCUACGUCACGGAGAAGAUCCCUCACAGCUCCCUGUACGGGACGGACGUGCCGCCCUUCCUGCAGCCGCUGCUGCCCGCGGCCGUGCAGCGCGUCAUCCACCAGUGGGUCGCUCCAGCCUGGCCCCGGCGCGCCAAGAUCGCCAUCGGGCUCCUGGAGUUCGUGGAGGAGAUCUUCCACGGGACCUACGGGAACUUCUACAUCUGCGAGACCAGCUUCAGGAACGUGGGCUACAACGACAAGUACGACUUCAAGAUGGUCAACCUGAGGAAGGUGGCAACGGAGAUGGCCAUCAGGGGGUUCCUCAAGGGUCGCCACUGCGAGCAGAACGUGGACUGCACCUACGGGAAGGACUGUACGGCCACCUGCGACAAGCUGAUGAAGCAGUGCAAAGGCGACGUGGUGCAGCCCAACCUGGCCAAGGUGUGCGGGCUGCUGCAGGACUACUUGCUGUACGGAGCCCCGCCGGAGCUGAAGGACGAGCUGCAGAAGCAGCUCCGAACUUGCAUGACCCUCAGCGGCCUGGCCAGCCAGAUGGAAGUGCACCACUCCCUCGUGCUGAACAACCUCAAGACCUUGCUUUGGAAGAAGAUUUCCAACACCAAAUACUCCUAACGGGGCCGGGGGGGGGGGGGGGAAGCACAGCCCUGGAAUUUAGAAUCUGAAAUCUCGGAGCAAAGCCCAGCCAAGGGUCAAGGGCCUGCUCCUCCAUCCUCUCUCCCCCGCAGGAAAAACCCGCGCUCUCCGCAGGGAGUUCAGCAUAGCCGCAGCCCCGUCGCCUUCAUGAAAAACCAAACGUCCCGACUUCCACCACCCAGCACAACCAUUGACCCAGUCUGCAAGAGCAUGCUGCGGAGCUGGGGUGCCAGGAGCUGGGGUGCAGGAGCUGGGCUGAGGAACGGGCUCGGGGGAAGCAGACGACACAGGAGGAGAGAAGGCAGCGGAGCCCAGCUGGGUGCCUCUAACUGUUUCUUGAUUAACAGGAAAGCAGUGCAGAAAGACGAGAAUGAAUCAUUCAUGCUGUACUUGUCGCAUCUUAUUUUGAUGAACGUCUCU